CUACAAGAUGAACGUUUAAAAUAAAUUCUGUAGCCGGACCUGUUCACUGUGUUUGUCCAUUUUUAUACAUCGCCUGACCGAAGUCUGGAGUCACUCCAUCCUCCCCCUCGGACUGCAGGGUGUUCAUUGCCAGACUAAAAUUUCUGCGCCAGAAAGUAAAGUGUUUUUUUUUUUUCUUUUAAUACGGAGGAUAAAUCCGUGGGAUAAAUCUGUUGCGCUCAUUGUGAAAACGUUACUUAGCCUCCAGCGACCACUGGUUUACCAAACUUCGGUGCGGUUUUGAGCAUCGUGUGAUUGUACGCAGGUCCCUCGAGAAAACUUUUUCCUGUUUUUUUCUUUUGUUUUCAUUUGGGACGCACAAUCUUUAUCAAAGAAUCGUUUAGGCUUGGCAUCAACAUGAUAUUGAAUAGGACUGAAGUCGCACUGGUUUUUAUUCUCUGUCCGAUGGACAUUGUCGCGUUAUGGUGGGUGUCGGGGAACCUGCCAGCCAUGGACUCCAACGGCAUCUGCCAGAAAAGCAGGCGUACAGCAGGAAACCAGGCGGCGCUGUGCCAGAGCCAGCCAGAGGUGCUCUACGCUGUGGCCAGGGGCACCAGUCUGGGCGUGCGCGAGUGUCAGCACCAGUUCAGACACCACCAGUGGAACUGCACGCAACAGGGCAAGUCUUUCCGCAGGAUAUUACAACAAGAUAUCCGAGAGACGGCAUUCGUGUUCGCCGUUGUCGCAGCCGGCUCAGUGCACACCGUGACCCAAGCGUGCAGCUCAGGCGAGCUUCUGCAGUGCGGCUGCGAGGACCCUCACGGCAGGCGUCCGCCUCAACUGCCCGCCACUUUUGGCAAGCAGGGCAUCAUCUGGGAGUGGGGUGGCUGCGGAGAUGACGUGGAGUUUGGCUUCGAGGCAUCCAGGAGGUUCAUGGACACCAAGAGAAGGAAGACCAAGAGCGAUGUUAGGACACUGAUUGACCUUCACAACUACGAGGCGGGAAGGCUGGUACAGUCAUGGAGCUUAGUCUGCCACGGGCAGCACGCAGUGAGAAAUCAUAUGUGGACGGAGUGUAAAUGCCACGGGCUGUCUAGCUCCUGUUCUCUGAAGACCUGCUGGAGGAAGAUGCCCCAUUUCCGAGAGGUGGGUGACCGUCUGCUGCAAAGGUACAACAGUGCUUUCAGGGUGAUGGGCAGCAACGAUGGUGGGAUGCUGGUGCCCGCCGGCCAGGGCGUGAAACCCCCAGACGGCCUGGAUCUCGUCUACUCGGAUGAGUCUCCGGACUUCUGCCUUCCCUGCAGACGGACAGGUUCACUGGGCACAGGGGGCCGUGCCUGUGAUAGCCGGGUGACUGGCAUGGGGGGUUGCCGCCAGCUCUGCUGUGGCCGUGGCCACAAGAAGGAAACACAGCUGGUGGAACUGAACUGCCUUUGCAGGUUUUACUGGUGCUGCACAGUGGAAUGUGAGAAGUGUUCCACCAGUAAGAACCUCACUCUCUGCCUCUAGAACUGUCUGGGGUGAAGAUUUCACCAAGGUCUUAACAUCUAGAAGCCCAUAACAGGAGGUUCUUAUCUUAAAACUAUUUCUGAAAGGAAUGCAACUUGGUUUCUAAAGGCCUCCAGAAGUGACUGAUAAGUCUGUGUCCAAGACCUUGUUAGUCUAUUCAUUUCCAGAAUGCAAGUGUACGUAGAAUUCUAUUGCAAUGAUAUAUAGUUCACCACAUCCGGAAAAAUAAUUCUCUAGAUCAGAGGGAAGGUUAACUUUGGUAAAUCCAAAACAAACCCUUUUGUUCCAUUAAAACUGUACAAUGCAUUCCUGUGGCAAAUAUCCUUACCAUUUCUGAAAACUUAGCUAUAGUGGGCAAAACUAGCAAGUGAAAGAAAGUAUCCUUGUCGGUUAUUAUGUAACAAACGUAAAAAUGGUACAAAGAAAAUGAGAAUGCUGAGAUUCCUGCACAGAGCACACGCCAUUUCUGUUACCAGAAGCCGACACCUGGAUUAACGGCACGUUCCCACUAUACGCGUUGCGUUGCGCUUUCAUCAACGCACGCGUUCUGCGAUCCGGUAGAACAUCGUACAUACAGUAGCACCGAAAGCAAUGUAUGGCGUUCCCACUAGUGCGCUGCGCACUGCUGCAUGCAUGUCUCUGCGCUGCGCAGACCAAACGCGUUCCAAAUCGUCUGUAUACGUUUUUUACUUCCUCUUUUCUCCACAUAUGCUUGGUUCCUCAAAUCCUCAUACAGGAUCCAAAACGGCCCUUUGUCUUCUCUCUCAAUCAGCAGGGGAUGGCCCCAGGACCUGCGGGUAGGGUACACCUUCUGCGGCGUAUAAUUGCCACUAUGAGCACUAAAGCUGAAAGCAGCUCUGAAUUCAUUUUAAAGCAGAAUGUAGUCAGAAUCUGACGCCAAAAACAACCUGUGAUCUCCACACUAAAAUCUCCUCAUAAACCCACACUACGACACCAGUGUCAUCUACAUUAGUGUCAUCUAUCUAUUGGCAUAUUUCAAUAAUGUUUAAAUAUGUAGAAUCAAAAAACGCGUAGUAAAACACAACAUCAAAUUAUAUAUACAUAAUAACGCGCACAAACGCGAGAUAACACAGAAAGUCAUGGAAAAAAUAAACGCAAUACGACGCCUUGCGCUUUUCGCUGCGUUUUUUUGGCUUCCCUAGUGUGAACUCUAAUGGCUGUUGUAACUAUCACAGAUUUUUGACCAAAUUUUAUAACAUGCCAGCUUAUUCUGAUGACAAGAGUCCAGCUAUUUUUAAAGCCUUUUAAAUUCAAGAGGCGAAUAAGCAUUUUUAAAGAUGUUUUUUCAUUCUUUUUAUCGGCACAUUUUAUUUACAUGCAUACUCAUGUCACCAAGGUCCCAAACAAAUCUCUCUAUUCUGUUACCUUUCUUUUUUUUUUUUAGCAUCCUGUAACAUUUUAAUUCCCAAAUAAUUCUAUAGAUUCACUGUACAACUGUGCAAAGUUUUCUUCACCACCUCUGCACAAAACUCCUGAACAACAACUACUGGACAGCUAUAACAGAAAUAAUGUGGAUUUUUUUUCUAUUGCCGUUUCACUGGGUAACAGAAUGUGGUUCCUUACUGGGAGGCUUGAGGGUAAAGCUGUCGCUAUGACAACCAAACUCUAUUCAUGUCACAUUUGACCUUGACAGAGAAUAAGGACUUACCUGUAGUCAAUGCAUUCAAAGUACCUGUUCCGAGCAGUGUUGACCGCCAAGUUACCCUUGAAAUAACUCAACCAGGAACACCACCAUGGAUGCAAACUGUCACGUAGUUUCUGGAAACCAAGGAGCUCAUGUACCGCAAAAGCUGUGUUUCGUUUUGAGUUAUAUUUUUCUGUGAUGUUUGCUGGAAAACCAAAUGUGAAUUGUGUUGAUAAACUAAAUGGGUAUAUUGUGUAUAUCGUUUUUACCUUUAAUAACAGUAUAUAACUAUUGUAUGUUCUGUUAUGACUUAUGAUGUACAAUACCAUACUGUUCUGCAGCAUUGUUUGGGGUAACCAAACAUUACAAAUAGGUGGAGGACUGUAACAAUGCAUUAUGUAAGAAUACCGCAUUAUAUAAUAACUCAAUUAAAUGUUAACAAGUUUUCACUUCAUUAUGCAAUAGCACCCACAUUUUGUAAUACAACGCUUGAAUGCAUUAGGGGAGACCAGAGAUGGUUGUAAUGUUUUUUACAUUUUUGCCAGAAUAUCAGAGUUUUUUAAUGGAAUCCCAUUCAAAAUUUGACACAAACCACCUGUGUGUGUCUUCAGUUAAAUAACAGUUAAAGGUUUUAUCUCUGAAUCACAAACAGACAAACAGCGGGUGAAUUGUUACAAUUCACCCCAUAGUCAGGGAUAGUUGUAACACAGCCCAGGGUUAAUGUAACAUUAUCAAUGAUGUCAAAGUUUUUUAUUAAUUCUUUUUGUUCUUUUUGUGUGUGUGUGUGUGUGUGUGUGAGUGAUGUUUGUCAGCAUCAGCAUCACUGUGGUGACAGGUGUAUUGAACUUCUCUUGGUGCACAGGCCUGAUAAGAUACUCUUAUUUUUACGUGUGUACUUGUCUGUCCUUGUGAGUGUUACCGACAGCUGCGGGCGCGAGCGGCGUUUCUGUUUGCGUCCUUCGCAUCAAACACCCGCGGGUAAUAUUAUCGAACAUCGGUAACAUUAACUGUAAAAGGUCAGUUGCUCCGGAGCUUUGCUCGGUCGCCGGUCGGGGCCGGGAGGACAUUUUCCACUUUUUUCCCCGCUCCGGCAGUAGCCUGCAUUGAGAGGGUUUUUGUGGUUUUUUGGCCUCCCUAGAGCAACUUCACUUUAGUU